AUGGAUUCCUUCGCCAUUACAGAGGGCCUUGCAGCCCAGGAACGAGACCAGCCGGAACCAGCCAACAGCAAGCUGUCCGAAGAGACAAACAAGUUCCAGCGCGCUAUUGCAGCCUGGCGAGGUAAAGACCCAUUCGGCCUAGAAUACAACCUCGUUGGAAGACAUGUACUAAAAUCUCAAACAGGAAUUGACCUAGCCUCCACAAUCGCCAAGCUCGAUACGACCGCCUCAGAUAUUGUUGCGCAACAGCGGGAUGCCCUCGUCCAGAGAAAGGAUCUGGCCCAAAAGACCAAGGACUUCAAGAAACUGGAGGACGAAGCCAAACUCGCGGAGUAUAAGGGACUGUUGAAGGCCUAUCAGUCCUUUAUCGACCUUUUGACCAACCAAGGAAAGGCGUCUUCGUCCUCGUUCCUACAACUCUACUCGUCUCUAUCGGAGGCCCCGGAUCCCUACCCACUUCUCGAAGCGUCCGUCGAUUCUCUGGUCCUGUCAGAAGACACCGUUCCCAAACUGAGUUCCGAGCGCGACCAAUUGCGGUCUUCAGUCGAGCGUCUUACAAGACAGCAAGAGGAGACCGAGAAGCGUCUCCAGGAAGAGCGUGCGGCCAGGAAGAAGCUCGAAGAUAACCAAGAGACCCGAGCCAAGGAAAUCGAAUCUUCCUGGGAGGCAGUGCUGACGGAAAAGACCAACAAUUGGGCCUCCAAAGAAAAGAGCUUAGAGGAAAAGGUGGACAACCAAGAACGUUUGAUCAAGGAACUCAAGGCAAGCUACGAGGUUUCUCAGCGCCUGGUGGGAGAUGAUGAAAAUGAGGACGCACGGAAUGGUGCUACUGCGGCGGAAUUGGAGCUCGUGUCUGCUGAUUUGGAGAAAACAAGCUUGCGGCUGGCGGACGUGGAGGCUCGGAACGAGCAACUGCGACUAGAGCUGGCCCAGGCCGUUUCGCAUUCCAAUCCGGAUCAGUCGACUGCUGUGGAGGAUGAUCCCGCGUAUCAGCGUCUGCAAUCGGAGAACUCCUCUUUGCUGAGGAAGCUGGAUGCCGCGCGCUUUGAUAAGGAUUCAACACGACACUCGUGGGAGGCUAAGCUCCUCCAAGCCGAGAGAAAUGCCACCAAGUCCGCCGCCGAGAGGGAUGAGCUGCGCUCGCGUCUCGAGAAGGUUGCAGACUAUGAUGACAUUCGCCGCGAACUGGAGAUGAUCAAGUCAAUUGAAUUUACAGCUGGUGAUGACGAAGAGACUGAUGAGACAACUGCGGAGGGCGAUGCGACAGGAGCCAACGGGUCGUCAAAGACGAAAGAGAAGAAUUCUCUAGAGCAGCUUUUGCUCGCCCGGAACAAAAAGUUGACGGAUGAUUUGGCAGUGCUGCGUGUAUCAAGCCGUGAUCUUCAGGGUCAGCUCGAGACCUUACGGGGCGAGCUUUCGACGACAAAGGAGGAGCUUGAGAAGUCUCGCGGUCUGUCCAGUACACUGGAAAACGACCUCCUUCAGGUGCAGCAAGAAGCAGCCAACGCCUUCCCAUCCGGGGCUAUGUCUGUUGCCGGUACCUACGCUUCCAGGUAUCCGCACUCGUCUCGGCGUGGUGCUUCUUCGCCCACAUCGUCCAUUAUCUCCGGGUUUGAUCAGAGCACCGCUUCUGCAAACACAAUGGAUGCCAUUCGUGCGGGAGAAGCGGUUGGAGGAGGCUCUGGUCUUCUGCCCAUGAUUCAAGCGCAGCGCGACCGCUUCAAGAAGAAGAACUCCGAGCUUGAAGAGGAAUUGUCCAAGAUGUAUUCUACCGUGAAAUCACUUCGGCAGGAGGUUGCGUCCCUUCAAAAGGACAACCUGGGUCUCUACGAAAAGACUCGUUAUGUGUCGACAUACAGCCGUGGUCAAGGAGCAUCAACGUCUGCAUCCUCGUUCGCAAACGCGCCCAGCUCAACAUCCAUUUACACCUCUUCGGAGACACCAUCAGGCCUGUCCCUUGAUCGGUACCAGUCUGCCUAUGAGGCACGGAUAUCUCCUUUCGCUGCCUUCCGAGGCCGCGAAUCGGCGCGCGCAUACAAGCGCAUGAAUCUUCCCGAGCGCAUCGUGUUCUCCCUCACUCGAAUAAUCAUGGCCAAUCGAACGAGUCGAAAUCUGUUUGCGGGCUACUGCUUUGCGCUACACCUUUUGCUCUUCGUCAUGCUCUACAUGAUGAGCACGGUGGAGAUCGAGAAACACAGUGCUAUGAGCGCUGUGGGUAGUGCAGCUGCAGCUGCAUAUGGCAACAGUGGCGGCGGGGUUGGCUCGGCGAGUAGUGGUGGUCAGCUGCAUGGUGACGAUUGGCAACAGGAGGGUUUCAACCAAGCAAGCUGA